AUGUCAUUCAAGGCAGCAUUACUCUGUGUGGUCGCUUGUUUAGUUCAACUGAUAAGUUACAAUCCGAUUCGUCCGACAAAAUAUUUAAGCAACAGCGCGUCCAUCGAUGUAGCUAGUUAUGGUGGGGCCCUGGCUGUUUCUAGCAUCGGGCCGAUUUCGCCCUCCGGUAUCGCCGUGGCUACCGACCUGGGCCUGGCGGGAGACGUGGUGCUCUCCGGCGAGCUGCCGUACCUGAGCGCGGUGGCGUUCGAGGGCCAGUUCGCCACCGCCGGCGCCGUGCCGGUGGCGUACGGCUGUGGAGACUACGUCGGCAUCACAGAACAAAUCAGAGGCAUUGCUGGCUCUGGUUCUUACAUUGGAGGGAAUAUUGGUGCUAGCUCUUAUGGCUCUUCUUACCUUGGUUGUGGAUGUAAAUACUAAAAGUUGAACGAAGUUGCUAAACUG